UCAGCUAGAGCCAGUGACAGACACAGUCAGGCCAAGAGCAUCUUGCUCUCCAAGGCCCAGCCCAGGCACGGGAGGGGAUAAAAGUCCCGUGCCGGGGCCCCGGGGCAGGAGCUCGCACACUUUGACGAUCCUCUGUCUGCAGCUGUGUGACUGCCGUCCUUGCCAUGUCUCUCUCCCCAUGCCGGGCCCAGAGAGGCUUCAGUGCUCGCUCAGCCUGUUCUGCUCGCUCGGGGGGCCGUGGCAGAGGCGGCUUCAGCAGCAGGAGCCUCAGUUCCUUUGUGGGGUGCCGAGAAGGCUCUCGUGGGAGGGCCUGGGGGUCAGGGGGAAGGCUGGGGGCGUGGUUUGGGGAGGGGAGUGGUGGGCCUGGGCUUUUCCUGUGCCCUCCAGGGGGCAUCCGGGAAGUGACCAUCAACCAGAGUCUGCUAACCCCAUUGAAGAUUGAGAUCGACCCCCAGUUCCAGGUGGUGCGGACUCAGGAGACACAAGAGAUCAGAACCCUCAACAACCAGUUUGCUUCCUUCAUUGACAAGGUGCGGUUCCUGGAGCAGCAGAACAAGGUCCUGGAGACCAAGUGGCACCUGCUGCAGCAGCAGGGGGUGAGUGACAGCCCGCAGGGCCUGGACUCUUUCUUUGAGGCCUACCUGGCCCAGCUCAGGAAGCGGCUGGAGCAGCUCCAGAGAGAGCGAGGGGUCCUGGACGCCGAGCUGAAGUCCUGCCAGGACCAGGAGGAGGAGUAUAAGGCCAAAUAUGAGCAGGAGGCCCACAAGCGCGCCACGGUCGAGAAUGACUUUGUGGUCCUUAAAAAGGAUGUGGAUGGGGUUUUCCUGAGCAAGAUGGAGUUGAAAGGCAAGCUGGAGGCUCUGAGAGAGUACAUCUGCUUCUUGAGGCAUCUGUAUGAAGAAGAGCUGGGCCAGUUCCAGACCCAGGCCGGCGACACGUCCGUGGUGCUGUCCAUGGACAACAACCGCUGCCUGGACUUCAGUGACAUCAUCGCCGAGGUCCGCGCCCGCUACGAGGACAUCGCCCGGACCAGCAAAGCCGAGGCCGAGGCCGUGUACCAGACCAAGUACCAGGAGCUUCAGGCAUCUGCCCAGCUUCACGGGGACAGCAUGAAGGAAACCAAAGUCCAGAUCUCUCAGCUGCAGCAAGAGAUUCAGAGGCUGCAGAGUCAGAUUGAGAACUUCAAGAAGCAGAAUGCCAACCUGCAGGCCGCCAUUGCUGAUGCCGAGCAUCGUGGGGAGCUGGCCCUCAAGGAUGCUCAGACCAAGCUGGACGAGCUGGAGGCUGCUCUGAGAACAGCCAAGCAGAACAUGGCCCGGCUUCUGCGUGACUACCAGGAGCUGAUGAGCACAAAGCUGGCCCUGGACGUGGAGAUCGCCACCUACCGCAGGCUGCUGGAGGGCGAGGAGAGCCGGAUGUCAGGGGAAUGCACCAGCCAGGUCACUAUCUCUAUGGGAGGAGGCAGCGCUGUGUCUGGAGGAGCUGGUGGAGGCCUGGUGGGCACUUGUGGACUCGGAGGCGAGAAAGGCAGCUUUGGGUCCAGCUGCUCCAGCGUUGUAACCGGAGGCUCCAGCGUCGUCCGGGGCUCUGGGCAGGGUCCUGUUUUGAGUUCCGGCUCUGUGUCUGGCUCCAGCUCCAGCUCUAGCUCCCGCACCAUCCUGAAGAAGACGGUCGAGUCAAGUCUGAAGAUGUCUGUCACCUACUGAGUGACCAGGCAGACACUUGCCACCCCCGCCUUCCUGAGCCCUCUCAGCCCUGCUCCCACCCCAACACCCCCACCCCUGCAGAGCCAGUUCUGUGUCCACUGUCCACAGCCCAGGCUAGCUCACAGGGGACUCUGCAAAAGUCAAUAAAGUCAAGCUUGCCUGCUCUUGU